ACAGUUACUUGUGCUCUGUUUAUUAAACGGUUUUAUACAUUAUGUUAUUGCCCAUUUUAUGUAAAAAGUGAGAAUAUAUUAAUAUUAGCCUAUAUAAAUUUUGGUCAAAUGAAAGAAUAAUCCAUGACAUUGUCCUGUUUUUUUUUGAUCAACCAUAGCCUGUAAAUUAUAUUUGCAGGUUCAAAAAUAUUGCUGUCAUAACACUGUUACAUAUUUAAAUAUCAAUGUUACACUGUUACAAACACCAUCACCCACGUUUUGUUUGCUAAACUGUGGAUUACUGCCGUGUGAAAUGGCUCGAAGGAGAUCAAAACGACUUUCCUCUGCUGCCCAGGUCUCCCCUUCAAAACGCUCCAAGCAAGAAUCAGCUGGGUCCGAAGAAGUUCCUGUUAAAUUGGAAAAUGAAAGUGUUCCCGUGGAGGACACUUCUGAUAAAGGGGAGGAGGUGGCAGAUGAUGUUGGUUAUGAGGAUGGAGAGGUUCCUGGUGAAAUCGAGAAUGAUGUGGUUGAAGAAGAGGAAGAAGAAGAUGGUGAAAUACUCGAAGAAGAUGAAAUGUUAGAAGAAGAUUUACUUGAAGAGGACCAAGAAGAAGAUGAAGAAAAUGUUUUGGAGGAAGGGGAGCAGGAAGGGAGUGAAGAGUUGGUUGAGAUGGAAGAAAGAAGUGAUGAAGUUGAUGCUACUCAAGAUGAAGUGGAGAGAAGUCUUGCUGCUGAAGAGCAGGAGAACGAAUACGAUCUUGAUGUGGAAGAUAAUCAUGAUAAGAAUGAUGUAACGGUAGAAUUCGAUACAAGAAGUGAAGCGAGCUCGGAUCGCAACGAUGAUGCAGGGAAGCUUUCCGAUGCUGAAGUUGAUGGGGAGGUGAGAAUGAGAGCAAUAUCUCCGAUCGUGUUUGAUCGGGAAGACUCUUCAUCUGAAGAAGAGGAAGAAGAAAAUGAUGAUCAAAUAUCCCCCCCAGGAGAAUCAGAUGUUCUGAUUCCAAAAAAAGAAAUUGUUCUUCCUCCAGCUGAAAUCCGGGUUGAGAGGCGAGAGAGACACGCAAAGAUGUUGAAAUAUUUAUUUAGAGAAGCCCACUUCUACUUGAUUAAAAGUAACAACCAUGAAAAUGUUGCUCUUGCAAAAGCAAGAGGUGUGUGGUCCACUCCUCCCAGUAAUGAGGCCAAGUUAAACAGGUCUUUUCGGGAGGCCAGAAAUGUCAUAUUAAUUUACUCUGUGCGUGAAAGUGGUGCGUUUCAGGGGUUUGCUAGACUUGCAACUGAAGCCAAGCACAAUUUAUCGCCAAUUGAUUGGGUUUUACCUGCAGGUUUAAGCGCCAAGGCUCUUGGCGGUGUAUUUAAAAUAGAUUGGCUGUGCAAAAGAGAGCUUUCAUUUGCUAAAACGACUGAUAUUUAUAACACCUUCAAUGGAAACAAACCAGUGAAAAUUGGCCGCGACGGACAAGAAGUUGAACCAAAUGCGGGCAAGGUUUUGUGCCUCGAAUUUCCACACGAUGACAAAGUAGAUCUAGAAACAAUCAUCCAACGUGUCCGAAAACAACAGAAAGCCGAUGGUGGGCCACCCAAGUUCCGACCCCCCCAGGCACCCGAUGAUGCUGGUUCCAUGCGUGGCAGAAUUCGUGAGCGACCUGGUUAUAAACCAUAUCGAGAUCCAAAUCGAACGCGGACAAGAACAGAGCCUCGCUUAGACUUUAAGAACCAACGAGGAAGAACAGAUCGACCACGGAAUGAUUACAACCCACGAAGAACAAUGUCAAACGGUUCAUACAAUCAUGCAAUUCCCUCGAACCAUCGCGGGCCACCAGUUUUAUUUUCCGAAGCGUUUCCACCGCUAUAUGCCCAACCCAACUUCGCGUACUACCCCGACCCAUUUAACAACCUUCACGCUUCCGGCCAGCCUUCAUCCGCUGUCGUAAGUAGUGGGAAGUACAGUCAGUCCAGCAGGACCUCCCGCUCGUCACGUAACUACGAUGAUUCAUCCACACCUUCGCGUAUAUACGACUCCCGCUCGCACGCAGCUGCAUGCGACGAUUUCGUGCGGCGAGUUGCAGGUGGCAAGAUAUCAUCCACUGUAACGACAGCAAGCAGAAGUUCUCGGUCGAGCAGUUCCUACGGCCGCUCCAGCAGUCGGCAGAGCGAAAGGAGGUCCGAGAAACGUUACAGUAGACGUUGAAGUGCGUGGUUUGAAAUUCGACACCCACCCAAGAACGAAGCGAUGAAACUUCGCGAGCGAUAGCGGUUACACUCACUGCCUUGCGUAACAGUAUAGACUGUGCUAUACAUUCACGGCCAUUUAUGAUCGUGAAACGUUUUUAUAUAUUGUGGUUGAAGUUGCGUGUCUGUAUAUAGUUGUUUCCCGCAAAUUGGACGUAUCCACGAAACCAUUUAAUUCUGUAAAUAUAACUCAACCAGAUUUUAAAUCGUGACUUCGGACAAAGUUCUAUUUCAACAUUUAAUUGGGUUAUUUUUUGAUUAAAAUUUUGUUUUCUCGUCCAGUUUUGUUUCUGCCAUGAUUUCAAAAUACACCUACACGUAAUUUUCAAAAGCAAAGAGUGCGUGGUGAGGCAAACAACAAAUAACCACGCCGCUAAACGGCAGUAGUGAGCCACCUCCGAUACCGUCUUUUAUCAUCGCAUCACUUAUUUACUAACUCGCCCCGCCAACCCACAUUCACAAAACUGGUGUCCUAUUGCCAAUGAACUACCCCGCGGUUGUUUUUAUUCCGUGUAGAUUACUUUGGACAUUACAUUAGCCAAACAG